AUGAAAUUGUUAAGUUUUAAGAUAAAGUCAAUAAUAGUGGUUAUAUCAUUAGUGGUUUCAACAGAAAAUGAGUUGUUCAAGAGGAAGUGUCUGCAGGCAUCGACACCAUCUGCAUGUGGGAUGUUAGUGUAUAGAGAGGACACGUCCAUAGUGACGAGGAGUGCAAUGUUAGGUAGUGCCAGUGAUGUUAUUCAGAAUAUUAAGAAAGUCAAUGACCCAAUGAAAACCCUCCCCUCCGAAAUACAGGAACGCAUUGUUGAUAGAUUGACUGGAAAGUCAUCACAUGCGAUUGGUAAUGAGAAUAUAUCUUACAUUUGGGACUUUGCUGGCCAACAGCUCUACUAUAAUACACACUUAAUAUUUUUCACGAGCGAGGCGGUUUAUAUACUUUUGUUCAAUUUGAUGGAAAGUAUGUACGCGAAGGGGAAGGGGAGAGUCUCUAAAAUGUCAGAAUAUGUGAUGACGUGCGAUAUGACAAAUAUAGAGAUUAUCAAAUAUUGGAUGAGAUUGAUAUAUACAUACGCUGUCCCAGUUGUGUCACAACCGCAGCAGCAUCUACAAGCUAUGAAACCUCAAAUUGUGGUAGUCGGUACACAUGGUGAGAGCCUACAGGGAACAUAUGAAGAAAAGACUAACAAGAUUCAAGAACAGUACAGUAUAAUAUUCGAAGAAAUCAAAGGUACUCCGUAUGAAUGUCACGUGGUGAGGAAAAUGUACGCCAUCGACAACAAGUAUCCAUCACAAAACGAUAUGCUGCAAACACUUAAACAAGAUGUUGGUGGAUUUCUAAAAUCAAUGCCCAAAACGAUUCCGCUUAAGUGGCUUGAAUUCCAGCGUAUAUUGCAGGAGAUUGGUAAAGACGUAUUGCGAAUGAGCUAUGCUCAGGUCUGUGAAGUUGCCAGUAAGUGUGGAAUUUCAGUAAAGAGUCUAAUCCAUACUCUUAACUACCUACAUGAUCUUGGAAUCAUUUUGUACUUUGAAAACCACAGACUACUGAAGGAUACAGUGAUAACAAACCCACGGAAGCUGAUUGACAUCUUCAGGAAGAUAAUCACCGUGGUAGAACCUGAUGAUAUUGACAAGUGGGCUUCAAUGAUUGUUCUUUGGAAUAAACUUGACGAUGAAGGCAUCCUGGAGGAAAAGUUACUCAGACAUCUUUGGAGAGAUGAGCUCAACAAAGAUGAAGGCAAUUUUGAAGUCCUCUUGGAAUUAAUGAAGCAGUUUGGACUGCUCUGCGAACAGAUCAAGAAUGAGGAGGGCUCACACCGCUCAUUUUUUGUACCCUGUCGAUUGAAACUUAGUGACAACAGCAUGGAUAUUCAGCCAGAUACUGAUCAGAUGGUGUCAAUCUGUAUGGCCUCUGAGGAUUUUCUUCCUGACAGUAUCUUUCAUACUCUGGUAGUCAGCCUUAUUGGAAUGGUACAAGACAUGGGCUACACAGUCGUACCACAGUUGUACAGAAACAUGGCAGUCAUUCACCUCGGAUAUGAUCACCUUCUCAGAUUAGGUCAAAUAGUCAUUAAUAACAAGCUUUCGUUGAAGUUGGAGAUAUCACGCAUAGAUGAAGUGAAGGAAAAUGGUACAGUGACAUCAACUGAAGAACCCAGUCCUAGAGUUUGUAUGCAGGUGUUAGAGUUUCUACAGCAGGAGAUAAAAGUAUUAACAUCUAGAAUGAAGCGCACAGGCUAUAGAUUUCGCGUCCUGUGUUGGACAAACUUGCAAGAAAUACACUUCCACGAUUUGGAAGAGUGCUUACAGAACAGUUUUAUCCGGUGCGGCAAACAAAUGGUUACGACGAGCAAACUACAAAGACUGUUCAGAAAUAUGAAACCCUUUACAGAUGACCGUCUUGGGUAUCUGAAAGAUAAGGACCUAUUUCUUAUCGCCAGCGGUAUUGGACUAUAUUGGAAGCAACUGGGCGUCAAAUUGGGUCUCAGUUGGAACAGAAUCCAACAAAUUUGGAGUGAUAACAGACUACGAUCGCCAGACUGCAUAAUGGCUAUGCUUACAGAAUGGAGGAAACAACAAAACUACGAGACAAAUCAAGUUGAGAUAAUGUGCAGCGCUAUGAGUGAACAGGGACUACAUGACCUUGCUAACAAUGUCUUUAGCUCGCAACCGUCAGAGUAUCAACCAUCUCAAGUGAGAGAAAAUGCUGGUGAAAGGCUACAUCGAACGCCUCGGCAACACCAUGGUCAGUUGACAGAUAUCGAUAUGCAAUUCGUUGCCACUAGACUUGGCAAAGACUGGAAAACCUUUGGCAGAAUUCUUGGCCUGAAGCAACAUGAAUUAGACCAAAUUGAGAUGGAAUUAUUACUUCCAACUGUGGACUGCAUCCUUGAAAUGUUGGUAAAGUGGCGGGAACGUCAGAAUUCUAAAGUAAAUCACCUUCAAAAGAUAAGUGAAGCACUGAUAGAAAUUGGAAGAAUGGAUAUAAAUGAUGAACUUCAGCAGUACUACUUGGAAAUUAUUUAA